GGUCUUGUAGACAACAAAUAUUGACUUGGCCCUUGUUCACCCCAGCCCCGUCCAACCAACGCCGUGGAAAGCUAUCGUCCACCUUCACAACCUAAGAUCCCCUCGGAAACCUCGUCUGCGUCAGCUGAAUCUGCUCCCUUGGUCACCUGCAAUUUAGAAAAAAUUUUCCUCUCUCCCGUAUCUACACCCUCUUCCUGACCCGGCUUUCGGGCGGCCCACUAAUCCCCCCCUUGUCGGCCACCCGCUCCUACAAAAUACGUCCACACCAAUACGCACACCGUUCAUACCACGUAGUAGCCGGACGCAUUUCGCGUACGUCGCCGUAGCUCUGCGGUGGGAUCACGAGAUAUGGGGACGAUGCUCUCAACACCGAUCGUCACAAGGUAGCCCCAGCAAGGUCGCACCGGUUGCUAAGGGGGGGAAAUGACAGCUGUCGCCGAUCUCUGCCAUCGUCGUUCUUCGCCCUUCCUUCUCCCUUAGCCUACCUCGAUAUCCAGUCCCGCGUCUGGCUCCAGGCUAAGUCCAAGCCUAUCUAGGAAUCCCCUCGUUAUUAAAUAAGCCAUCCGAGAUAUCCAUCUCACCUAUCCACGUACAGCGCCCCCUAUCUAUUCCUCACAACCUCGCCUUUCUUUUCACAUGUCGUAGCUGUUUCGUGGCCUCCCAACCACCAUCCCAUCUUUGCCUUGGCAUAUGGCGAUGGUUUCUACUAUCUUCGAGGUUUUGGGCUAUGUCGGCCUGGUAUGGGGUGCCGUGGUCCUUGUCGUCCAGGGCAUAGGCUCCUACAAGAUCUUCCGCUACUACUCCUCGGUGCCCGCCCAGCCCGUGUCUCCGUCGCUACCCAAGGACGAAGUGCCGCAUGUGACCAUCAUUCGGCCCGCGAAGGGCUUGGAACCCGGCCUCUACGAAUGUCUCGCCUCCGUCUUCCACCAGUCCUAUCCCAAAGACAAGUUGACCAUUUACUUCUGCGUAUCGUCCAAGGAGGAUGCCGCCUACCCUGUCAUCCUCAAGUUGCUCGACGACCAUACCGACUUCGACGCCAAGGUUUUCGUCGAGGCGGAAGACCCUUACCUUCACGGCGACAGCGGUCAUGCCGACAACCUCGGUCCGAACCCCAAGAUUCGCAACCUGAGCCGCGCAUAUAGGGAAGCCAAGGGCGAUAUCAUCUGGCCGCUUGACUGCAAUGUGUGGGUCGCUAGGGAUGUAGCCGGCCGCAUGGUCGAUAAGCUCUGCGGAUAUCGGCCGGAUGGCCAACGCGCGAAGCCUUUCAAGUUCGUGCACCAGUUGCCGCUGGUCGUAGAUACCGUCAGCUCCAUGAGCAGUUUGAAUUCCGAGGGUCAAACCCUGCUCUCGGGAUCUUCUAUCACCGGCGGCUCGGACGCGGAGUCGAAUGUGUACGUUUCCUCUUCCCUACAUUCGAGAUCCUGGGCCCAUGGAGGCGGUAGACUCGAAGAGAUGUUUAUGGCCACAACCCACGCCAAAUUCUACGGCGCCAUCAAUACCGUCGGGAUUGCGCCAUGCAUCGUGGGGAAGAGCAACAUGUUCCGCAAGUCCCACCUCGACCAGGUCACCGAUCCUGCCCGCAAUCCCAUCUUGACGGGCAAGGCUGCAGCUCUCCCCAAGGGCCUAGACUACUUCUCGAUGUUCAUGUGCGAGGAUCACGUCAUCGGCGAUCUCUUGUGGCGUUCCGACCUGCCCGGCUAUGCCAACCACGGCCUCGUCUGGGGUGACCUGGCAAUCCAGCCUAUGGCAGGCAUGUCCAUACCUGCCUACGUUUCGCGCAGGGUCCGAUGGUUGCGGGCCAGGAAAUGGACUGUGCUAUCCGCAACACUCGUCGAGCACGGUGUAGAAAGUCUUGUCUGCUGCUUCUACCUAUCCUUCAGCCUCACCAGCGUCCCCUGGUUUCACGAAACCCUCGGUAUCCCACAGACAUGGCGCGCUCUAUGGUUCUGCUGGGUCACCGGUGUCGUGCUCUGGAUGCUUGUCGACCGAGCUGUAUUCAAGAAGCUACACGCCGGGCAGAGCAUGUACCUAGACGAGCAUACGCCAUCCUUCGCCCGCGGGGCCGGCCGCGGGGGUGCAGAGAAGCGCCCAUUUGGCGAGUGGAUCCUGGCGUGGCUGGGCCGCGAGGUCCUGGCCCUGCCCAUAUGGACGUGGGCCGUCUUCCUCGGCACCUCGGUGAACUGGAGAGGAAAGCGGUUCCGCGUCCGGUCGGACAUGAUGGUCGUCGCGGUGGACGAUCCCCCCGAAGACGAGAGCACCGAGGCAUUGCUCCAGAACGGACGCGGCAGCAUCGAUAACGGUGUCUCCACGACGACACGAGGCAAGGUAGAUUAAUAUUAGACGUAGAUACUUCUCUGAAGAUACCCCGACACAUCUAUAUAUUAUUAAUAAUUAGUACAUUCGUCGAUCCUAC